UAACAUUUUAACAUAUAAUAGACAUUAUUGUACAAAGAGAAUCCUUAAGGGUCACCAAACAGUAAAAUAAAAACGUGGUCAUCAACAACACAGCUCAACAGCGCCCCCAGCUGGCACCCGGAUGAUCCAGGAAUUGCAUCACACACACACUGAUUUCUGUAUGUGUGUGUGAAACUAAUCGUAAGUGUUUCUUAUCGGCCAUCCCUGCAGCGAUAAGCCGAAGAAGACCACUUUAAGAUCCGGAGCAGAGAUGUGUUUUUCCCGCUGAUUGUCGACCAUCUCAGAUCUCCACCGAAGGACUGAAGCUCCUGAACGUACCUCCGACAUCUUGGCUGUUUUUGGGCUAAAAAACUAGAAAACAGCAUCCGUCUUCCGCUCAAAGACCCGGGUCAUCUUGGUAGCUUUCCAGGCAACAGCAUCCAAAAGAAGGCGAGAAUAAUAAUGGCAGAGCAUCUGUCCCAGAGUGAGCUGGAUUACCCGUUCAAACUUCUGGAGUAUUUCAACGGAUUCAGGGUCUCAAAGGUGAUUUUCUCGGCCUGUGAGCUGGGUGUGUUCGACCUCCUGCUGAAGGCCCAGGAGCCAAUCAGUGCUCAGCAUGUGGCCCAGGAGCUCAGCUGCAGCGAGGACGGGAUGGAGAGACUGAUGGACGCCCUGGUGGGCAUCGAGAUCCUGGAGGUGGAGACCAAAGAUGGGACAGCUUUGUACAGCAGCAGCGACGUGGCUAAUCUCUACCUCGCCAAAGGCAGCGGGAAAUCUCUCCACGACAUGAUCAUUUACCAAUCACAGACCAUCUACCCGCUGUGGAACAACAUAGCGGACGCUGUCAGAGAGGGGAAGAAUCAAAAUGAAAAGACGUUCGGCCUCCCAUCAGAGGAUAUCUUCAAGGCUUUGUACAGAUCAGAGGAGGAGAUGCUGAAGUUCAUGGGUCUGAUGAACUCCUCCUGGGUGCUCGAUGGACACGACAUUGUGACGGCGUUCAACCUCUCCGGCUUUCAGAAGAUUGUAGAUCUUGGAGGAUGCACCGGGGCUCUGGCCCGUGAGAUGGCGAAGGCGUGGCCGUCCUCCUCCGUCACGGUGCUGGACCUCCCGCAGGUCGUAGAGGCGGCGCAGAAACAUUUCCCACAGGAGGACGACGCUGUUGAAUUUCAAAGUGGAGACUUCUUCAGUGAUGAGAUCCCUCCGGCUGACCUCUACGUUCUGGCCAGGAUCAUUCAUGACUGGCCUGAAGAGAAGUGCGUCACUCUGCUGAAGAAGAUCCACGACAGCUGCAGACCAGGCGGUGGCGUCCUGCUUGUGGAGGCCCUGCUGUUUGAGAACAGGCGGGGGCCGGUCACCGUUCAGAUCUUCUCCCUCAACAUGCUGUUGCAGACGGAGGGUCGGGAGCGACCGCCGUCCGAAUACACCCGCAUGCUCGAGAAGACCGGCUUCCACAACGUGCAGGUGUGCCGGACCGGGAAGUGCUACGACACCAUCCUCGCCACCAGAUGAGACUGGGCAGUAAAGAAACUUAAACUUUUCAAAGACUUUUUAAGAUAUAAGCUAUGAAAAAAAAAAAAUUCUCAGUCCCAGUGCACAUGGAUCCCCAGUUUAUGUUGUGUCAGUGAUUUUUUUUUAGAUAUUGUUGGACAAUGUGAAUUGCUUUUCUUGGUAAUACAAACAUUUGCUGCGUUGCUGAUGGAUAUUGUAAAAAGAAUGAGGUCAAAAGGUUAUGUUACAUUCAAUCAAUUCAGGUUAAAGGGUAAGUUAGACUUUUUGGGAAAUACUCUUUUUAGCUUUCUUGCUGAGAGAAACAUUAAACAGCUACCACUCUCUAACGCUAGUAGCCUGGCUGUUAGCUUAGCAUAAUGACUGGAAACAGAGGGAAAAAGCUAGUCUAGCUUUGUCCAAAAAUCAAAAGAACUUUUCCGAAGAAUAUAUUAUCCAUUAGGAAGAAUUAGAAGAUAGAAACAUCUGUAUUUUUGUAUAUCACUGAUCUCUUUUAGGUUUAAAGGCUAAGUUUCUACUAUAGGUGGUUAUUUAUGCUUUCUGUUGAUCUGUUUGUCAGGGUUUAACACUCAUAAAAGCCAAUUUAAAAAAAACAACCUUCAAAAGCAGUGAAAGUUUAAAAAACACUGAAUUUGUUUAGCUAAUGA